AUGCAUCGGACACUGUUAAGGAGCCCCUGGUGCCGCCAGGAGGCUAUCUUGCCACUUCGGAACAUAACCUCUGUCUCAGUACAUCGCCGGCCUUUCCUUGCAGCUUCACCCUACAAGCAUAAUUCACGGACCUUUUCGUCAAGACCCUACCUUGCGUCAGAGCAGCCGUCGCAUCCAACACCCACAGAAGGAAGGGAUAUUUCGUCAGAAAAUGAACCAUCCGGGUCGACUAGUCAUGUCCCAUGGUAUCUGCAAGAAGAGAUGCCAGUUUCCGAAUCACGGAUAUCAUCCCGAGAUCAAAUCCCAGAAUUACCAGAGGACCCACCUGCGAUUCUUUCCCCAUUCCUCGAUUAUGUUUUCAAAGACCUUGGAUUGGAUGAACUUAAGCUGAUUGACUUACGGGGUCUGGAAACACCUCCUGCUCUUGGUGCAAAUGUCAUCAUGAUCAUUGGAACUGCCAGAAGUGUGAAGCAUCUAAACGUUUCCGCAGAUCGUCUCUGCCGUUGGCUAAGGAGCAAUUACAAAUUGUCCCCAUACGCAGAUGGGCUACUGGGUCGGAAUGAGCUCAAGAUCAAGCUGCGACGCAAAGCUCGGCGAGCCAGACUUGCAAGCCGUUCCGGCGCCAUGUUCGAUGACAAGGAUGAUGGAAUCACCACAGGCUGGAUAUGUGUGAACGCCGGCGUUGUGGAGGAAAGCCCUGUGCUGGAGAAAGACGAAACGUUUGAGGGGUUCGGACAGGUCGGCAGGGGUACGAGGAUUGUCGUGCAGAUCUUCACAGAGGAGAAGAGGGCCGAAGUCGACCUUGAAAGCCUGUGGCAGGGAACCCUAGACCGUGCCGAGCGAGAGAAAAAGAAGUAUUCCGAGGUCACUCGCAAUGCGCCUCCUGAAGAGGUUCGUGAUUCCAAUUCGAUAGAUCUACCACCAUCUGACCGUGCAUCUGGAAAAGUCCCCAGGUCAACAGUAAGCCUCCUAUUUGAGCAGAAGAGGCAUUUUCACAGCACCCGACCUAUCGGCUGUCCUAGCGGCAGAGAUAAUGUCAACAGUGUGGCAAGGCUCCUGGCAUCGGGACCACCAAGCGGACGCCUUGCUCAUGGAGAUGUUUUUAGUGCUGGUAUUUCUACAUACUCCUUAUUCCAAUAUCUUGAAAGCUUGCCAAGUGAGACCGCUCGGCAGGAGCUGGGGACUGGCCCAGAAGACCUAGGCUCGACCCUCUUUCUUCAACUUUUCUAUAACCGUUUAUCAGCCUUGUCUGCAGAGGAAUCAGCUGUAGCCCAGGUCAAACUACUAUGCAUGGCUAUUACCCGUCAACACUUGGCCUACAGCAAAAAAGGUUUAUGGACGGCGUUCAUGAGAUGCACUGCUUCAGGAUAUCAUGUCUCUGAUGAUCUUGGCUUCGAUGUUGUCUCAGCAAUUUUGACGGAGUCACCCCCAGAUGACCGCAAUAGUGGGUCUUUUUUGCCAGACUCGGACAGAGAACUUGCUGUUCGGGUUUUGGAACAUCUCUCCCUUCGUGGUACAAAUGUUUUGAAUAUGAAAGUGUUAAACAUGCUACAUAGAGCGACUAGUACCGCAUCCCCUGAGGUGGCCCGACGAAUCUCACGUAUUAUAAAGACCCUUGACGUACCUUUUGACCCCGACCACUCCCGCGUCCUCAUGGCAACACUUUUUCAGAACCGGGACUAUGAUGGAUUCUGGAAGUUGUGGCGCAAGUUACCUCUGACUGAUAGUCCACGUACCGGUGCAGACUACGAGAUGCUGUUCCGGCUACAUGCCGAACUAGGCGAUGAGCUUCGCGCUCGAGACUGUCUGUCAACAUGGGUGCCCAUGAUGACCCGGGAGGAAACUCCGAUCCUGCUGCAGGGGCAGCUCCUGCAGCAUGUAAAACAAUGCCUUGUUGUGGCAGACCCGGAUAUUGAACAAAGCGCGGCGAGUGGAGCUACAAUCUUUCUUCAACAGGAGUUUGACGAGCUCAAGCCGUCCCUAUUCGAACUCCUCGCCGAACAGCAACUGUCGGACCUUCUACCUCCCUCCAUUCGAUAUAUCCUUGCGGUUGCCACUCACCGCCAUCCUCGGUACCUGCUGCGGAUACUGAAUUCCUACGAUGAGAUUUACGCAUUUCUAUCGUUGAUAGUUGAGCGGUACUAUCUCCGCAAUUUUGGAGGCUCUUUCACCGAGAACUUCUACUCUCUCAAGCGUGAGCGCGUUCUCCGGACCAAGAAUGGCGAGAUCCCACGCGCCCAGCUCGGCGCUCCAGGCCCCGUCCGUGAGACACUUAAACUGCGCUCCUCAGAUGUAUGGAAGAACCUGCUCCUCAUGGUGGGUAUCCCGUACCUCAAACGCAAGCUAGACGAAGGCUACGAUAUCCACGCCGCCCCCCAGGCAUCGCUGAUCAUGAGCGGCGGACCCCGAUAUGACCCCAAUGACGACCUCCCACCAAACCCAACCAUCCGGCAGCGAUUACUCCACUACUAUAAGUGGUUCCUUCGAAACGUAUACCCGUCCGUCAACGCCGCUUACUACUUCUCUAUUCUGGCCUUCAAUCUGGCCUACCUAUUUGACAACACGAAAUAUUCCUCCCCAUUCCUUUGGCUCAUUGGCACCCGAAUUCGCCGGCUGGGUGGCGCUGAUCACAAGGCCAUUGCAGACAUGCUGGAAGCGAAGCCAGCUGCUGGCCCCGGUGGCCGGGGACGCUCCCGCCCAGGCUCCGGCCUGCUAGGUCUACUGAGCCCCCAGAACCUCUACCCCCAACUCCUGUCAUCUCUCCGCUACUUCCUCCCCGCCUCUAUCUUCGCCCUGAAGUUCCUCGAGUGGUGGCACGCGAGCGACUUCUCGCGCCAACUAGCCCGGAAAGCAACCGAAGUCCUGGACUUACCGGCCCCGGUCACGAACGGAAUGGUUCUCCCUUCGGAGAGAAAGAAGCUUGCCGAAGAAAAAGAGAAGAAGAAACAAGAACCCGACUCGCCGACGCGCAAAUCGGCCCUCAAAUCUUCCCGCAAACGCAUCCAACCGCCUAUCUCGGCCACCUCAUACUUACCUAUCUUCACUGUCCCUCUCCCGCCCCCGGACUCGGAUGCGGCAUCGACCUGUCCCAUCUGUCUUAACCAGCUGGCGAAUCCGACUGCGUGCCAGACGGGAUAUGUCUUUUGUUAUGUGUGUGUCUUCCAUUGGCUUAACGGAGAGCAUCAGAGACAAAUCGACUUCAUGAAUGGAGAGGGCGCAGGCGCCGCAUGGGAGGAUGAGUCCGAGGAUGAGGAGGCAAAGAAGGCUAGUGGCGAUGGUCAGAGUCGGGAAGGUAAAUGGGAAAGUGGGAAGGGCAGAUGUCCUGUGACGGGAAGAAGAGUGCUGGGCGGUACGGAAGGUUUGAGACGAGUAUUGAUUUAG